AGAAAGAGAGAGGUGGGUGAAUGAACCGAGAUCGAGAGGCCAGGAUUGAAGAGAAAUCCGCGAGAAGGGUCUCUUAUCCUAUCCUCCGACGGACCUCGUCUCUCUCUCUCUCUCUCUCCCCUCCCAUCCUCCUCAUAAGCUCUCCUUCUCUUUCAUUUGUUCUCUUUAUUUAGCUGCAAGAGUUCAUCUUGAACAAAGGGAGGUUGGUGCUGAAAAGUAUCCACAAAAAUAUUGUCGUUCUGAGUCUCUCCCAUGGCCCCCAAAGCUGGCCGGGGCAGGGGAAAUAAAGGCAAAGGUGAAAAGAAGAAGAAGGAAGAGAAAGUUGUGCCUAGUGUUGUUCAUAUCACUGUGGACACACCCUAUGAAUCCCAAGUGACACUCAAGGGAAUAUCCACAGACAGGGUACUGGAUGUGAGGAAACUCUUGGGCUCUCAUGUGGAAACGUGCCACCUCACCAAUUAUUCACUGAUCCACGUGGCUCGUGGGCAGCGGUUGAACGAUGGCGUGGAAAUCGUGUCACUGAAACCAUGCGUACUAAGGAUCUUGGAAGAGGACUACACGACGGAGGAGCAGGCGGUUGCGCACGUGCGAAGGCUGUUGGACAUCAUCGCCUGCACCACCGUGUUCGGCAAGCACAAGGACGGCGGCGGCAAGCCCAAGAAGCAGCAGACCUCCGCCGCCUCUCCCUCAGCCGCCGCCGGAGCGAAUGGCAGACCCUCGUCCGGGCCCUCCUCGUCGCCCACCGCCGGCGCCUCCACGGCGGCCGCCGACGCGAAGCUCCCGUCGGCGCCGUCCCCGGGCGCCUCGAUUCCUGCGAUCUCGGAUAAGUUCGACAUGGCGGCGAUCCAACCGCCUCCGAAGCUCGGCGAUUUCUAUGAUUUCUUCUCCUUCUCCCACCUUUCCUCUCCCAUUCUUUCUGUGAAGAAACGUGAACCGGGGAUCGCUGGAGAUCGGGGGGAAGGCGAUUACUUUGAAUUAGAGGUUAAAGUUUGUAAUGGGAAGUUUCUAAAUGUGGUUUCUUCGGUCAAGGGGUUUUAUGCAACUGGGAAACACAAUAUUCUGUGCCACUCUCUAGUGGAUCUAUUGCAGCAGCUUAGCAGAGCAUUUGCAAAUGCGUAUGAGUCCCUGAUGAAAGCCUUUAUAGACCAUAACAAGUUUGGUAAUCUGCCGUAUGGAUUCCGUGCAAAUACAUGGCUUGUCCCUCCUGUUUGUGUUGAGUCACAUUCAAAAUGCCUCUUGCUGCCAACAGAAGAUGAGAACUGGGGAGGGAAUGGAGGUGGGCAUGGACGAGAUGGUAAAUAUGUUGAUAGGCGAUGGGCAACGGAUUUCUCAGUUUUGGCAAAGAUUCCAUGCAAAACUGAAGAUGAGAGGCAGAUACGAGAUCGGAAGGCCUUUUUACUUCACAGUCUAUUUGUUGACACAGCAAUUCUUAAAGCUGUUUCAGCAAUUCGUCAUCUCAUGGACUCCAACAUAAACUUGACUGCUUCAAACAGGGUUCUGCAGGGUUCAGUCAUGCAUGAAGAGCAUAUAGGAGACCUGAGUAUAAUUGUAAAAAGGGAUAUGCCAGAUGCUAGCGUGAAGCUUGAGGAGAAAGUUGAUGGGAGCCAAUUACUUCAGAUGUGCACCAAGGAGGUUUCCUCAAGGAAUCUUCUUAAAGGCUUAACUGCUGAUGAGAGUGUGGUUGUUAAAGAUACCGCCACUCUAGGAGUUGUCAUUGUUAAACAAUGUGGCUAUACUGCUACUGUUAAAGUCUCGGGGCAUGUGAAGGACAAAAAUUGUGCAAUGGAGAGUAUUUAUGUAGAUGACCAGCCAGAUGGAGGUUCUAAUGCCUUAAACAUUAACAGCUUAAGAAUAUUGGUUCCCAAGUUAAGCAACAUGGAUCCAUCUGUGGGGCAUCAAUAUUCUUCUAGUUCUGAUGAUGCGGACGCAAGGAUUUUAGCAAGGAGGGUACUAAGAAAUAGCCUGAUCAAGUUAGAGAAAAUGUCUGCUGCUACUGAGGGACCCAUCAGAUGGGAACUUGGUGCUUGCUGGUUAGAACAUUUGCAGAAAAAGGAGACUUCAACAGUUGAGGAGCCAAAGGGCAAUAAGGAAGACAGUUUGGCUGAACCAAUUGUUAAAGGACUUGGAAGGCAGUUUGAACAGUUAAAGAAACUUAAAAAGAAAGCAGAUCCAGUUGGCAAGUCUGAGAAGGAAGAUUUUAUUACCGGCAGCACGAUUGUAACAGAUUUGGAGAAAUUAGCACAGAGUGAACUGAAUGAGGAGGUUGAGAUCAGGAAACUGCUUUCUGAAGAAGCCUUCAUGCGUUUGAAAGAUUCAGGAACUGGUCUUCAUCAGAAGUCAAUGGAUGAGCUCACCAAGAUGGCACAAAAAUACUAUGAUGAUGUUGCGCUUCCGAAGCUGGUGGCAGAUUUUGCGUCACUUGAGCUUUCUCCAGUUGAUGGGCGAACUCUUACUGACUUCAUGCAUACAAGGGGACUUAAAAUACGUUCCUUAGGACAUGUGGUUGAACUUGCUGAGAAGCUACCACAUAUACAGUCAAUUUGUAUUCAUGAGAUGGUUACUCGUUCCUUCAAGUACAUUCUACGAGCUGUUAUUGCUGCAGUGGACAAUAUGUCUGAUUUAUCUUCUGCAAUUGCUGCAACUUUGAACAUCUUGCUAGGGCCCUCAAAAUUAGAAAAUGGUGAUCAGGAUCUGAUUAGUGAGCAUAAUCUCAAAAUGAAGUGGGUGGAGACAUUUAUUCUAAAAAGAUUCGAUUGGAGGCUAAAAGAUGAAUUUCAACAUUUAAGAAAGUUUGUGAUUCUCAGAGGACUUUGCCAUAAGGUUGGGUUGGAGUUGGUAGCUAGAGACUAUGACAUGGAUAGUCCAAACCCAUUUGAGAAAUCUGAUAUUAUCAGCGUAGUUCCUGUGUACAAACAUGUGACCUGCUCAUCUGCAGAUGGUCGGAACUUAUUGGAAUCAUCAAAGACAGCAUUGGAUAAAGGAAAGUUAGAAGAUGCUGUUAGUUAUGGCAUAAAGGCAUUAUCAAAAAUGAUAGCAGUUUGUGGUCCAUACCAUCGGAUGACUGCUACUGCAUAUAGUCUACUUGCAGUAGUUCUUUAUCACACUGGAGAUUUUAAUCAGGCAGCCAUAUAUCAGCAGAAGGCUCUAGAUAUUAACGAGAGGGAGCUUGGUCUUGACCAUGCUGAGACGAUGAAAAGUUAUGGGGAUCUUUCUGUUUUCUACUACCGACUCCAACACAUUGAAUUGGCCUUGAAGUAUGUCAAUCGUGCACUCUAUCUUCUGCACUUCUCAUGUGGACUCUCUCAUCCAAAUUCUGCUGCAACAUAUAUCAAUGUGGCAAUGAUGGAAGAGGGCAUGGGAAAUGUUCAUGUUGCACUUCGCUACCUGCAUGAGGCCCUUAACUGCAAUAAAAGAUUGUUAGGAGCUGACCACAUUCAGACUGCUGCUAGCUACCAUGCCAUUGCCAUAGCUCUUUCCAUGAUGGAAGCCUAUUCUCUUAGUGUGCAACAUGAACAAACCACAUUGCAGAUACUUCAGGCCAAACUUGGUUUAGAAGAUCUUCGUACAAAGGAUGCUGCUGCAUGGCUUGAAUAUUUUGAAUCAAAAGCUUUAGAACAGCAAGAGGCUUCUCGUAGAGGCAUCCCAAUGCCUGAUGCAUCUAUUGCAAGUAAAGGUCACCUUAGUGUAUCAGAUCUCCUUGACUACAUAAACCCAGAACAAGAUACAAAAGAAAGAGAUGCACUGCGAAAACAGCGGCGCUUAAAGUAUUUAAUGCAGAACAACAAUAAAUCUAGUCAAGAGCAGUCCAUCUCAGUCACAGAUGAUUCUCAGUCUGAUGCACAAUCCCUAACCAGUCAGGACACAAUGGAACUCGAGGAGGGGAAGAAAUCUGAAGAACAUCACUUGGAAAAUUUCAAAGAGAAUAACAGUGUAACUCAACAUGAGCUGACACAAGCGAGUGUGAUAUCACCUGAAGAAUCUUCUGAUGAAGGGUGGCAAGAAGCCAGAGGAAGGUUCGGACAUUCGCACAGAAAAUUUGGCCGCAAGAGACAAGCUCUAACUAAAUUAAUCAUAAACAGCUCAGAGCCUGCAAGUUCUGCAAAUGACAGUUACGAAAGAAAAACUGUCUCUUCAGCACUAAAACCCAAUGUGGCACCAUCAAGGGCCCCUCCAAUUGAUAUUUCUUCUGGUGGAAAAGUUCUAAAGCCUACAAAUGUGACUGUUGGAGGAGAUUCCAACAAACUACAGGUAAGGACUCCCUAUACAGAUACCAAUACAGAACAAAAUACGAAAGCUUCUGUUACCGGUAGGCUCACUAAUGUGGCUUCAAAGUUUGUAUCUUACAAAGAAGUAGCAAUAUCACCUCCUGGUACGGUCUUAAAGCCAGCAUUGGAUCCAACAGAAGAAACAAUAGAAGUGAUGGAUGGUACUCUAGAAAAUGCCAAUCCGGUUGGUGCAUCUAAGGAAGAAGAGAAGUGUUUGGAAGAACCAUUGGAUGAGGAAAUACCAACUGAUGAUAGCCAAAAGGAGGCUAACCUGAGUGAAUUAGAUCAAUUGAAUGGAGAGGAGAAAAAUCACAACACCGAUGUGAAUGAGGACUUGUGCACUUCCAAGAAAGCCACAACAAAUGGAAGCAAGCUUUCAGCUUCAGCUCCUCCGUUCAAGCCAGGCUCGCUGUUGUCUGUGUCCCAUCCAUAUAACUCAAUUGAAAUUUAUGAUGUAAGAGCUGCUCAUCAGACAAUUUCACCUCGGUCUAUGGAAAUCCCCUCACCUCAAUCUAUUCAUACUAGGGUACCUUGCGGCCCAAGAUCAACCCUGUACCACCGAACUGGGCAUUCUUUCUUCAGGAAACAAGGUUGCUCAAAGAACCAGAACACUGUUGUAAGAUGCAACUUCACUCGGAGCAAUAUGAACCCUCAUGCACCAGAGUUUGAACCUCAGAAAGCUUCGCAACAAGCAAAUCAUGUUAAUGAGUACUCAGAAGCUCAAAAUCUUGUAACUGAAUCAAGCCAGCAAUUAGAUCCUCCAAUCAUCACGAAGGAGGAAACUUCUACUGCAGUUUCAGAAGAGAGAACAGAAGUUGACAAAGUCAUUGAUGCCGGGAAGAGUGGGAAUUGUAAGGGGAAAGACAGCACCCAAAACUUACAGAAGACUGAGAUGGCAAGACAAAUUCUAUUAAGCUUCAUUGUUAAGUCAGCUCGGGACAGUUUGGACCCUCCAAAGGAAGCUCAGUCUAUUAACAAACCAAAUGAAAAUGAGAGCAAAGUGAAUAUUAAACAUUGUGAUGUAGCAGCUAAAAUGGAGUCUACUUCUGAAGCCUAUGCUCAUGGCCCGUUGAAGGCAGUAAAUAUGUACAAUAAUAAGGAUGCAGAAGGAUUUACAGAAGUAUCAAAGAGGAGGAGAAGCAAACAGCAUUUCAGCAAUGCAGUAAAUGGUUUGUACUCUCAGCAGUCAAUUUGCACCUCAGUUAGCUGAAGUGUGGAGAUGAAACAAAGGCAUCAAUAAAAUUUCUGGGAGAACAAAAUGAGAUCUCUUGUUACCUAUAAUGUGGCAGAUAUACACACUUUUUGCUAUGAGGGUCUCUAAUUUCACCUGAUAGUUGCUUUACAAAAAGCAGUUUGUCAAUAGAAGCCCUCACAUCAUACAGUGAUCUCUUCAUCUGGUCGCCUAAUAAUCCAUGGUCCUUUUGGAGAUUCAUGGUUGUUACUGCAAAGCCUUCAUGAUAUUUCGUUUUUAAGUUUUGGAUGUUGUUCAUCUGGAAUUUUGGAACCUGAAAGUAUUGUAGAAAUUGAGAGAGGGGUUUAAGAACUAACAUUUGAUGUCGUUUAACAAUUCUUCUCUUUGUGCUGAGCAUGGUAUCAUGGUUCUCUCUUUCUA